GAAACUAUAUCUACUCUCUAAACGCUUCUGCAUAUUUUCUGCAAUAAUGGCCGAGGCUGAACAGCUACUUCUACUGGAUUUGCUUCCUAGCCCUUUCGCAGCAAGGGUGAGGAUAGCAUUGGCUGAAAAGGGAUUAAAUUAUGAGUCCAGAGAAGAAGAUUUGAGCAACAAGAGCUCUCUUCUUCUCAAGAUGAACCCAGUUCACAAGCAAAUCCCAGUGUUGAUCCAUAAUGGCAGACCCAUAUGCGAAUCAAUGGUAAUAGUUCAAUAUAUUGAUGAGGUGUGGAACCACAAAUCCCCAUUGUUGCCUUCUGAUCCUUACGGACGAGCACAUGCGAGGUUCUGGGCUGACUAUAUCGACAAGAAGAUUUACCCUAUUGGACGGAUGCUGUGGACAUCAAAAGGUGAAGUGAAAGAAGCUUCAAAGAAGGAGUUGAUUGAAUGCUUUAAAAUAUUGGAGGGAGAGCUUGGAGACAAGCCAUACUUUGGAGGUGAAAGAUUCGGCUACAUUGAUUUAGCACUCAUUCCAUUCUAUAGCUUCUUUUACACAUUUGAGACUCUGGGAAACUUCAGCGUGGUAGUGGAGUUCCCUAAGCUUGUGGACUGGGCUCAGAGAUGCUUGCUAAAGGAAAGUGUGUCCAAGUCUUUAUGCGAUCAGCGCAACGUUUAUGAAACUAUGUUGGGGAUAAGGAAGCAGUUGGGGGCUGAAUAGGACCUUCCAUAAGAGCAAAGCCAGCCCCAGCUGUUAUUUUAUUAUUAUUUUUUUUCUAAGAUGCACUUUUGCACCCUCAUGCGUAUUUCUGUUUCAUUGUCCUUGUAUUGAAAUCUGUUUCGAUUUCCCAAUAAUCAAAGAAAAUAGUAUUUUAGGGUUGGGGUUGUUUGUUGGGCUUCUCUGCUUACUGAACAUUGUAUUAGACCAAAGCCUGGCUUUGGGCUUUGUCAUCUCUUGUAUCUUUUUGACUCUGAAUAAUGAUCGAAUUUCUCUG